GCUUUCGUCUGCGGCCGAUAACUUAUUGAAAAAAACCGUGAUUGUAGGUUCCACAACUGCGCCAAAUGAUCGCAGAUUAAAUGCCAUUGUUCAAAGUUUCUUUGUGAUUUCACUAUGAUAGCGCCCAAAGAUAACACGUUCUUGUUUACUGUUCUUAGGUGUUGUUCUUUAUUGCGAUUGUUUUUCACUUAGUCUCGAUCGCUUUAUUGUCUGAUGUAGAGGUUGUUUUUAAUUUUUUAUACAAUACAACGAUAUUUAAUAAUAAAUAAGUCAAUGGUUUCAAAUUGUGUUUUCGUGUCUCUGAUAGCAGGCGAUGGCGACAAACAGAAGCGGAGCGUCACAGAGGCCGAACGGUGCGCCCCAGACAAAGGUAUGCCAAUUCAAGCUGGUGCUACUGGGCGAGUCGGCGGUGGGCAAGUCCUCGCUCGUGCUGCGGUUCGUCAAGGGCCAGUUCCACGAGUACCAGGAGAGCACGAUCGGAGCGGCCUUCCUCACACAGACUGUAUGCCUCGAUGACACUACUGUUAAAUUUGAGAUCUGGGAUACAGCGGGACAGGAGAGGUACCACAGCUUAGCACCUAUGUACUACCGCGGCGCGCAGGCAGCCAUCGUCGUCUACGACAUCACCAACCAGGAUACAUUCGGGCGCGCCAAGAACUGGGUUAAGGAGUUACAGCGGCAGGCGUCGCCGUCGAUCGUGAUAGCGCUGGCGGGCAACAAGAGCGACCUCGCAGCCAAGCGUAUGGUGGAGUUCGAUGAGGCGCAGGCCUACGCCGACGAGAACGGCCUGCUCUUUAUGGAGACCAGCGCCAAGACCGCCAUGAACGUUAACGAUAUAUUCCUAGCUAUCGCGAACAAGUUACCAAAGAGCGAGGGCGCGGGCGGCGGCAGCGCGGCGGGCGCGCGCCGGCUGGCGGACGGCGAGCAGCCGCGCUCCUCCACCUGCUGCAAGUGAUACCGAGCCGACAAGUUGAAAUAUGAGGGCAUGGAUGGGCGUGGCCUGUGGUGAGCCCGCCCCCGGCCCCGCGCCCCGCCCUCGCCCCGCCCCGCGCCUCUAGCUCACUAAGGCUUUGGUAUUUGGCAAAUCUAUUUUAUAGCAUAGCAACACUUUUGUUCCAACACGACGGUGUUGCCACUUUAAUUUAGCUAAUACUUACCGCAUCUCGGUAAAUACAAAUAAAAGUUUUAUUAUAAUACGUAUAUAAUUUCAACAUACUAGCGAUGGUAUUUAUUGUUUAUAAUUUUUUAACGUUUCCUCGGUGUUGUAAAGUUUUUUAAAAAUGUUCGUCGAUACAUUUUCUGUAUAGAAAAAAUAUAAUAAAAUGUAUAUGAAUUGUUAAUUGUAACAGCUAAAUAUAGUUAAUGCGGGAUAGUUAGGGCUUUCUGCGAAAGUCGAUGAAAAUUCUACUUAAAUUGUAAACAGUAUGCAAUAUACAUGGCAACACUCGAUCAGUUAAACUGGCGCCGUGAGAUUAGGUAGUAAUUUUUAACUUUAUUAUAAUCGUUGAUUAAAUUUAACUGUGACACUGACAAGCGCGGUUUAACAUUGCGGCGGAGCGUCUCACAAUGCUACGGUAAUUAGGUAUAUUGUAAACAUAUUUGUAAUCGUAAAGUAAUAAAUAUAGUGUAAUUAUAACUCGUGUACCGCAGCGAGGAUACGCCUUUUGAAACAUCGUAAUUGCUUACAAAGUGCAAAAUAUUUUAGUAAUUCGUUUCUGUUGGCAAUUGUUGCUGUUGGAUAUUUAAAUUGUAUAAAAAAAUACGUCAAAAUAAUGAACUUUGAUAUGUAUUGAAUUUAAAUGUAAUGUUAGAAUCGCUAUUCCAAUUAGAACGCGUCCUUUAGCUCUUGGUGGAGGUGCAUUUAUAUGCAUGACACGUUUCCAUUGUCAUGUCACGUCACGUCAUGUCCCCGCCGCGUACACGCCUUUAAUUUAUCCCCACAAAAUGCUUUUUUACGUAAACAUAUGAAAAAUUACAUAGCUUCUAUUUUGUUUGUUUUAUAUUUUUUGCACUGCACUGUACUUUAUUCCCCCCCCCCACAGCCGCGUAUUUCCGCAUUGUUAAGUUCAAAAUAUGCAUAUAAUGAAUUAGUUGUACACGGCUCACUUAGAUGAUUAUAGUUUUAAAAAUUACUAUAUGAAAUGGACGAAAAUGUUCUAUAUAUAACCCUUAUGUAUAUGUGUAAUUAUGUACGCUGUAAGUGAAGUGUCACUCGGAUUUUACGUAGCUUUGUGUAGUUUUCUACAAAUUGAGAAAAUAUCGCAUUCCAAGGGAAGGAUGCCGGCGGCACACUAGCGCCGCGGAUGCAUCUGAACACUACAAUAGUUUGUAGAAAUAAAUCUUUGUUUAUCUGGCAACACGGAGCUUAAUCGCUUUUUGUCGACUGGCAAUACUUUUUUAAUUUCUAAUUAUUAUUAUAACAUUGUGUACGGUCAUGUAGUUUCCAUUUGUCACGAGGAUGAGAUGGAAUUAUUGAAAACAUCCUGCUAUUUAAAAGUUAGUAUCGAACAGCAUCCAGGUUAUGUUUGAAUAUUUGGACCUUGUAGACAUUUGUUUCAUCAUAAAAAUCACACAUUUAAAGCGUCAUGUGGUUUUAUUAGAUUUAGUGAAAUAAAUUAUAUAUACGGAAAGAUGACAGGUAACACCGAGACGA